AUGUUUGGCGACGAGGAUGGGAUCCAGACAGCAGGAAAAACAGCAGCUGUUCGGGGUGGUGCCAUGCUCGGAAAGCUUCCAGAGUUCGAUCCGGACGGUGACAACUGCGAUGUUUUCUUCGAGCGAUUUGAGUGUUUUGCAGCUGCUAACGACAUCGCAGAGGAUAAGAAGUUGCAAGUGCUAUUGACGUCCAUCGGGGAGAAGGCAUACGUCACGCUGAGGAGCCUUCUUCUGCCGAAAACGCCUACCCAGGAGACGUAUGACGUGGUCAUCGCAACGCUGAAAAAGCACUACACCCCGAAGUGCUCCGUGGUUACGGAAAGAUACCGUUUUAACCAACGCAAUCAAGAACCGCACGAAAGCAUCAGCGACUUCAUAGUAGGACUCAAGAAACUGGCUGCAACAUGUGAGUUCGGCACAUUUCUUGAGCAAGCCCUGCGAGAUCGUCUCAUCGCGGGAUUGUGUUCCGACAGCAUACGGUGCAGGCUUCUGGCGACACCUGAUGCAGAAUUAACCUGGGAGCGCACCUGCAGCAUUGUAGCAGCCAUGGAAUCUGCUACUAGAGGCACUCGGGAAAUGGUGGCGACCCUCGCAACAGGGACCCCCGUCGACAGCGACGUUCACUGGAACAAGGAAACGGCAGCUGGACAACGGGAAACAGAUGUUAGGCUAGUCACCUACAAUGGCACGCCUGUCACGGUCAAAGGUAUUAUGGAUGUUGAUGUAGAGUACCAGAGCCAACACGUUCGCUUGCCACUAGUGAUUGCUAAGGAUAGCACAGGGGCUAGAAUGCCAACAUUAUUAGGGCGGGAGUGGCUAACGAAAAUAAAACUCGACUGGCUGAAUGUGGUACGGGUGCAGAACGUACGUGAAGAAGCACAGAUAACUGAUAAGUACCGCGAGGUAUUUCAACCAGGAUACGGGGCCAUUAAAGGGUUUCACGCUAGUAUUGUGCUUAAGAAAGGCGCUACUCCUGUUUUUUGUAAAGCGAGACCAGUGCCAUACGCGUUACGCGAGCAGGUAGAACAAGAGCUGCUUAAUAUGGAGAAGGCAGGCAUUGUGUACCGCGUGAGGCACAGUGCUUGGGCCACCCCACUGGUGGUUGUGCCGAAAAAGAAUAAUGGCAUUCGACUGUGCGGGGAUUACCGGGUCACCGUCAAUCCUUUCGUGGUAGUUGACCAUUACCCUCUACCGCUGCCUGAAGAUAUAUUCACCACGUUGCAAGGUGGAGCUGUGUUUUCAGUUCUUGACCUGAGUAAGGCGUAUCUGCAACUGGAAUUAGAUGAGCACGCUCAGGAACUGCUCACCAUUAACACGCAUAUGGGCCUUUUCCGGUACAGGCGCCUACCCUAUGGUGUAGCCUGUGCACCAGCCGCAUUUCAGGCGGUAAUGGACCAAGUCCUGAGGGGCUUGCAAGGCACGGCUUGCUAUCUUGACGAUGUCAUCAUAGCGGGAGUUAGCUACGAGCAGUGUCGUGAAAGAGUGGAACAAGUACUCAUGCGCCUAAGCGAAUACGGUAUCAAGGUCAACGCGGAAAAGUGCAGCUUGUUUAAAAAAAGAGUAACCUACUUGGGGCACGAAGUUGAUGGCAAUGGGUUGCACCCUACCAGUGACAAAGUAAGGGCGAUAAAGAAUGCACCCAAGCCAGACAAUGUCACGCAACUAAAGGCAUUUUUGGGACUGGUCAAUUUUUACGCAAAAUUUUUACCAAAUGUAGCUACAGUCCUGGAGCCUCUUCAUGGCUUGCUGCGCAAGGAAACCAAGUGGCACUGGUCCCGACUAUGUGACGACGCGUUCAACAAGUGUAAAACGUUGUUGACGGAUGAAAGUGUGUUGGAAAUAUAUGAUGUGGCAAAAGAAAUUCAGCUCACGUGUGACGCUUCAGAGUAUGGCCUAGGAGCCGUACUAUCGCAUGUCGUGAACGGCCAAGAGAAGCCUAUCGCUUUCGCCUCAAGAUCGCUGUCAGUGUCCGAGCGGAACUACGGACAAUAG